ACUCGGGUCUUGGGCGAAUCAGUGUGCGAGUCUCUCUGCCAUUUGCGCGUCGGUACGCGACUACGCGGCAGUGGUGAUACCAGAAUUCUACGUCUGCUUACCGGUGCGUAAAAAACGCAGGCCUUAUUAAGUGCGUUUUGUAUCUAAGUGCUUUAUCGAUCACACGAUUAAAUUGAUCAGCAUGGCGGAUACAGAAACUAAAGACACCAAAGUUGUUACAUCCCCAGAAAAGAAAGUAGUGGAGGAAGAAAAGAAAACCGUUCAAGAAGUUGACGAAGAUUCGAAAGCAUCUGAAAAUGGAGAUGCCAAAGAAACCAAAGAAAAUGGCUCAAACGAGGAAAAGGAGCUGGAGGAAAAAGAAGUAGAAUCAACAGAAAAUGGAGAUUCUACAGAUGCUCCCGUCGAUAGUUGUUGUAUAAAGAGGAAAUCAACGACUUUGAGUGAAACAACAGAAGAAGCUGCCACUGAUGGUGCCAGUCCUGAAAAAAAAACAAAACUCGAUGAGAAGAGUGCUGAAACGGAAAGUAAUGGAGAAGCAGAAGCUACGGCCUAAUAUUUUUUAUGUUUACUGCAGAUUUAAUCUAUAGAUGCAAUUUUAAGCUAAACGACAAGUCAGAACACCUAAAAUUUGUUAUCCAUGCAUCGUCAUGGUAGACGAGCAUUAAAAACGAAAAUUUCAAUAUUGUAUUAAUGACUUCUUGUGUUCAGACAUUUUAUGUGUGUUUAUUGCAACCAUUUUUAUGUCUUUGAUUGGCAAUAGUAUAUAUCCAUAACAUCAUUACAAAUUACCAUCUUAGAUGACUACCAUUCAUGUUUCCUAAGUUCUCCAUUGACGUCCAUACAUUACACGUAUAUACACACAGAUUUAAUCUUACAAAAUGAGGAGAUUACAAAUAAUAUAAAUAAUAUAUUUCUGAUACGUAAAAGUAGAUAGUGUGGUGCUUGAGAAUGAUAUUUGUACGAAGAUGUUCUAUAUAUAAUUCUCAUUCUUUCUGAUGCACAGACAUACAUUAACACUUUAUAUCGAAGAUGGAAGAAACAAUAUUUGUUUGCAAAUCAAAAUACAUUCCUAAAAUACCUUAAAACUCAUCCAGUGUUCAUUAGUAUUUUUUGACAAAAGGUGUAAAACGAAUCCUAUUUGUAAAUUCUUACAAAUACUUGUUUCACACAUGUAUGUACAUAUAUAAUUUAAUGUUCACCAAAUGUAAAACAGAAAUUACGCAAAUUGUAAAGUGUGUGAGUGCGCUGACAUUAAUACGAUAUAUAGUUUAAAUGAUUUGCAAUUAAAAUUUAAACUACAUCUAAUAAAAAAGAUAUAUAUACUAUUACUCAAUCAUCAGAAUUAUCAAAAUACUUAAUAUAUGUAAUAACUUGUAUGUACAAAAAAAUACUGGUGAGCAAAAAACAUGUAAUGUUAUUUGCAAUAACAGCGAUGGAAAAUACUAUACUAACAGUUUUACUUUAGUGAAAAGUUGCAUAUCAAAAGUUUCAAGUUUAUGUGUGAAUAAAAUAAUAUAAUAGCAUACUUUUAAACACAAUAUGAUAAGUGCAAAAUUAAAAGCAAUCUAGUGUAUAUGUACCAAUAUAACCAAUUGAUUAAUAAUGUUAAACACGAAGAUGUUACUAUAUCAUCAUUAGUCUUCUUUAGUUACUAUCUAGUACAAAUUGUUCUCAUAUAAAGUAUGAUAAAAUCAGAAUAACUCUGUAAUAUUAUUUCUUAUAUAAUAAAUAUUACAUGUGAAUUGGCAAAA